AUGCCAAACGACAGCCUGGCGCUGAGCAGCCUGGAUGGGAUUUACAUCGGUACUGAGUGCUUGGUUGCUUUGUUUGCCACUGUGGGUAACAUCCUGGUCAUCUGGGUGGUGAAGCUGAACUCGACGUUUCAGAACACGACUCUGUACUUCAUCGUUUCCCUGGCGCUGGCUGAUAUCGCGGUGGGGAUCCUCGUCAUGCCCCUGGCCAUCGUGGUGAGUCUGGGCAUCAGCAUCCACUUCUACGCCUGCCUGUUUAUGUGCUGCCUGAUGGUGGUUUUCACUAACGCGUCCAUCCUUUCCCUCCUGGCCAUCGCAGUCGACAGGUACCUGCGAGUGAAGCUGCCAACCAGAUAUAAAAUAAUCACUACAGAGAGAAGAGUUUGGUGGGCACUGAGCUUGUGCUGGUCUGUGUCCCUGCUGGUAGGAUUAGUCCCCAUGUUUGGAUGGAACAAGACAGAACCAAGAAACUCGGACUUUCUCAGGUGUCAAUUCACCUCUGUGAUGAGGAUGGAUUACAUGGUAUAUUUUGGCUUCUUCACGUGGACCCUUGUCCCUCUGCUUAUCAUGUGUGCUCUGUAUGUUGAAAUCUUUUACAUCAUCCGGACAAAGCUAAGUCAAGGUACAACCAAUGUGAGAGGGGCAGGAGGUUUUUACGGACAGGAGUUCAAGACAGCCAAAUCUCUAGCACUUGUUCUCUGCCUGUUUGCAAUAUCCUGGUUGCCUCUGUGCAUUAUAAACUGUGUUUCCUAUUUUUACCCUGAGUGUCAGAUCCCCCAGUAUUUGAUGUACUUGGGAAUCCUGUUAUCCCAUGCCAAUUCUGCCAUGAACCCCAUUGUCUAUGCUUGCAAGAUAAAGAAGUUCAAAAACACGUACCUGUUAAUUUUAAGGACCUAUAUCCUGUGCAAAAAACCAGACUCAGUUCUUACAGAGCAAACAACAGACCAACAGUCAUAA